AUGGCCCCGGACGAGAAGGUUCCGCGGACCAUGAUGUUCACGCGCGGGAAGGUCAACAUCCUCUUGAAGCGCCUCGUGCAGGACAUGCGGAAGAUGCUUCUCCCCUUCACCGCUCUCAAACUCAAGGAAUCAAGGAAAAACACCCUCAAGGAUUUCCUCCACGUGGCAGGCCCUCUGGGCGUGACGCACUUCCUCAUGCUCUCCAAGUCUGACGUGUCACCCUACCUGCGUGUUGCGCGCACGCCACGUGGACCCACGCUCACCUUCCGCAUCCUCGACUACUCCCUCGCUGCUGACGUGGCAAAGUCCCAGAGGCGCCCGUAUGUGCCAGCUGGCGUGUUUGAGUCGCCGCCACUGGUGAGAAGGAGGGAGAGCGGGGGGGAUGAGAAGGGAGCGUGGCCGGCAGCGUACCCAUCAGACAGCGAAGCAGAUGAAAGCAGCAGGGUGCAAGCCCCCCAGGACAUGGGGCGGGGCGUGUGGGCGGCGCAGCAGAGCCAGGUGAAGCUGCACGAGCUGGGGCCACGUGUCACGCUGCUACUGGUCAAGGUGGAGGAGGGCAUGUCCAGUGGUGCUGUGAUGUACCACCGAUUCGGUGAGUGGGGGUCUGGGGGGUGCGGAGAUGAUGUGGAAUGGAAAGAGAAGGGGGGAGUGCCUGCAUGUGAUGAGUUUGCAUGUAAGGCGACGAUGCUACUGGUGAAGGUGGAGGAGGGCAUGUCCAGCGGCGCUCAAGGUCACAUAUACUCCAUGGACCCCCCUUCUUUCCGCCUUGGUCUCUCCUCUCCUUUGGUUGAGAGAACAGCAGAGGAGGAGGAGGAGGAGGAGGAGGAGGAGGAGGAGGAGGAGGAGGAGGAGGAGGAGGAGGAGGAGGAGGAGGAGGAGGAGGAGGAGGAGGAGGAGGAGGAGGAGGAGGAGGAGGAGGAGGAGGAGGAGGAGGAGGAGGAGGAGGAGGAGGAGGAGGAGGAGGAGGAGGAGGAGGAGGAGGAGGAGGAGGAGGAGGAGGAGGAGGAGGAGAGGCGGAGUUGCAGCGGAGGGCAGAGGAGCGGGCAGCAACGAGGAUCGUCUGUCCUCACCUCUGCCACGAAGAAGAUCUUCUCAUCUCUCCCACCCUUUCCUUAA